AUGGAUUGGAUUAACCGAGCCCGUUUCCUGAGACCCCCGAUCGAUCAAGCCGAAAUGGUUGACCAAAUUAUAUCCCACUUUUCAUUUAACAUUUCCGUCGCCCUCCGAGGUCUCCGUAUCGUCACAACUAAUGAACUCAUCCAACAGCUCUCCCACCUUCAACAGGCCCAUUCCCCUCAAAAUACCCAGAAUAGUCAAACUGCCUCCUCUCAUCAAAAUCAAAAUUCACAACAGAACUCUUUUGGCCACAAUAAUCAAAAUAGAUACCCUCCCCGUCAAAACAAUUACUCCCCUCGUUUCAAUAGUUACAAUAGACCUCAAACGGAUAACACUCAAAAUCAAUCAUCACCCCCAUCACCAGACCAGGCCAUUUCCCCUUCGGGAAACUAG